AUGAAUCGGGAUCAAUGGCACUCAAGUUACUGGUUAGUGUCGUGGCUCUUCCUAUUACCCUUGCGCUAUUCAGAUGCAGCGAAUUGGGCCCAAGUCAGUGGUACAAAGCACACAAAUGCAGCAGUGAGAGAGAUCACACCGUGGACAAGUCGACAUGGUCAUGCAGUGACAGCGUUGGACUUCAGUGACGACUACGAGCGCAGUACUGGACAAAAGGCGAGGCUUUUUGUGCUGGGUGGAGACUCGAACGUUCAGGGAUCACAAGACCUAAGAGCGUAUCCUGGCGGUGGUGCAAUGCGUAACGACGUGUGGAGUACAACCGGACCGACUUGGAACGUGCAAACCAAUAUCCUUAAAACUACCAAAUGGGGAGACCCACUACCUCAAAUUGUAUCAAAUGUAACGUGGUUACAGACGAAUAACGGCAAGCGUCCACCUCGAGGUAUCACUUACACCGAGUGGAUCUCUUGUGCUGCCGCUGCCUGGGCUGUCAAUCCUCCUUCAGGAUGUGAUGACCCCACUAAACCUCCUGGCGCGUACUUAGCCGAUAACAUGUUCUCUCCUCGUCGAAACUUCGUCGCUCUGGCCUUCCAGAACGAGCUCUUUGUCUUCGGUGGUCGUGCUCGUGAACAUUUUCCAGUACCUCAGUCGCAACAACGUGGGGGUACGGGACCUGGAACCAUGGCUCCACACAACGUCCGAUGGCUGGAGUUUGCUGUAUUGAAAAACGAUGUGUGGCGUAGCAGCGACGCAGGUGCAUCGUGGAAACUCGUGACUCCAGGUUGCACUUAUCCACAGAGCGCUUUAGUUCACAAAGCUUCACGUCCAGAGCUCCAAUGUGAGGAUGACGACCAGUGUGAAGGUGACGCAUCAUGCCAAGUAGAUGAAGCCACAGCAACAGGUUUCUGCGUCUGCAACAUGUGGUCGCCUCGCGAAUUCCACGCUGUCGUAGUGUUCAACAACGCCCUAUAUUUAUCCGGUGGAUACGCUCUCGUUGAGUUAGGCAACUGCGGUGUCGAGGAGAAUGCUCGCAAACGGCCAUCAGGCGAAGAAUUUGCGUGUAGUGGUGGAUAUCGGGCUUACUUGAACGAUAUUUGGACAUCUACAGAUGGUCAGCACUGGAAAAUGCUCAAGCUUCACGCAGAGUUCUCUCCUCGAGGUGAGCACUCGAUGGUAUUAUUCAACUCAAUGCUGUAUAUACUCGGUGGACGCACUGGAGCUUCAAAGACAGAGGAAGGGACUGGUCAAGCGCAGACUAAGCUAUUGAAUGAUAUAUGGGUCAGUACUACUGGUUCUACCUGGACUCAAGUAACAGAGGCAGCGCCAUGGACACCAAGAGCGAAGCAUGAGACUCUUAUGUUGCCUGGCGCCACCGAUCAAACCUCAGGAGAUGAUCCAGAAGACCAACUGAUCUUGAUUUUUGGUGAAGACGCAGAGCGAACACUGGAAGAUGUUUGGGUCUGGAAAGGAGGAGACUCGAACUGGAUCAAAGAUUACUCGUCUGACACAGCUUUUGUUGAGUAUGUACGACCGGCAAGUGACGUGUCGUAUCUACGGACGAUGGUGGAUACCCAUGUACUGGCGCUGGGUGUUGCCGGAGUGAAGAUGAUUCAAGAUCUUACGAGUCUUUCAUUCGACCAAACGAUAGCUCUACGAGAACUUAUGCCUAUUUGCGACUACAUUGCAUUGGCCAAACUUGUGGUAGAACAGUGCACCAUACAACCAUCAGAGUACGAAGGUCAAGAGUUCGCCAAUGUCAAGGUGAUUCAAGGAGCCAAUGGUGACGAGGAAGCAGCUGAAACAACGACUACUACUCAAGAUGAGACCAACUGGGAUGGCUGCACACACAUUGGUAGUAAGGUGGUAGAUGCCAGAACUGGUCGUCUUCGUUGGGGUGACGUACUGGGAGUCGAUCAAGUUCAGGUACUUCGAGACGUGUUCGUCGAUGCUCAAGAGAGUAUUUGCCAGUGGAGACCUAAGCCUCGAUCGGGUCACGCCGGUGUAGUUUUCAAGCGUAAGGUGCUGGUUCUAGGUGGUCUAACAGCGCCUGAUUACUAUGAUAACGACGUCUGGUAUCGCGACGCUCGUCGACCACGAGCACAAUUCACGUUGGUACCUACGAGUGGGAGUUCGGACACUGUGUUUAAGUUUGAAAGCGACAAACCUUACUGCGUCUUCGAGUAUUAUUUGCUCGAUACAGUGGAGCAGCUCGUCGUGUGUAACUGGACGGUAACUCUAGGCGAAGUGGACUUUGAGAACUGGUUAGACUCGGGCACAUUCCGCAUGCGAGUUCGAGCUCGAGACCCUGCUGGUAAUGUGGACGAGACGUUCGAGGACGGUCGGAAUGAACACACGUGGGUGUAUGAGCGUCCGCUGCCCUGGGGUCUGAUCAUCGGUCUAUCCAGUGUCGGGUUGGUGCUGUUGAUUGGAUUCUUGAUGGAGUGGCGGAAGCGCCGCAAACGUGCAGCUAUGGAGCGCUACGCCAUGAAGCGUAUGCGUCGCAAACUUAAGAAGAAGAACGCUGCUGUUACCAUUGCAAAGGAAGGAGAUCCGAAUUGGCGCGAGACGUAUGACGACGCUAAGGACGGGAAGAAGGGCAAAAAAGGUAAGAAAGCGACUACCAAGAGGAAACCCACGACAGCUAAAGACAAGAAAGACAAAACGAAGACAAAAUCUAAGGAUAAAAGCAAGAGUAAGGACAAAACGAAGGACAAGAAGGUCAAAUCCAAGACAAAAAGCGGGAAAAGUGACAAGAAGAAAAAGACAACGAAGACGAAAGACGAUGCGAAAAAAACCAAGACAGCAGAAGCCAAAGCCAAAACAAAGUCCAAGGACGCAACAGUCAAGAAGAAGUCGAAAGACAGCGCCAAGACAGUCGAGAAGCGACCCAGCAAAGCAGCCAAGAAAGAGAAAUCUGAUAAGAAGAAACCCGACAAGACCAAAAGCUCUGAUAAGAAGAAAUCGAAAUAA